AUGCUGGAUGUUUGGUUUGGUGGAGAGGAGAGGGGGGAGUGGUUUGGUGGAGAGGGGGGGAGUGGUUUGGUGGAGAGGGGGGGAGUGGUUUGGUGGAGAGGGGGGGAGUGGUUGGUUUGGUGGAGAGGGGGGAGUGGUUUAGUGGAGAGGGGGGAGUGGUUUGGUGGAGAGGGGGGUGUGGUUUGGUGGAGAGGGGGGUGUGGUUUGGUGGAGAGGGGAGGGGGGAGUGGUUUGGUGGAGAGGGGGGUGUGGUUUGGUGGAGAGGGGGGAGUGGUUUGGUGGAGAGGGGGGUGUGGUUUGGUGGAGAGGGGGGAGUGGUUUAGUGGAGAGGGGGGAGUGGUUUGGUGGAGAGGGGGGUGUGGUUUGGUGGAGAGGGGGGAGUGGUUUGGUGGAGAGGGGGGUGUGGUUUGGUGGAGAGGGGGGAGUGGUUUGGUGGAGAGGGGGGAGUGGUUUAGUGGAGAGGGGGGAGUGGUUUGGUGGAGAGGGGGGUGUGGUUUGGUGGAGAGGGGGGAGUGGUUUGGUGGAGAGGGAGGGGAGGGGGGAGUGCGAAAGACUCAAACUGUUCUGGGUCCAGACGAUCGGAGGAUGAAGAUGAAGAGGAGGGACAGGGGUUUCUCUCACGCAGGUGGUGACGAGGGACGGGGGUUUCUCUCACAGUAA